CCGGUCGUGUUCCACUCAACUUGUUUAUCGUAUCAAGUUUUAUUUAUUUUAUGCAAUCAAUAUUUUAAUAUGGAUAUCAGUUCUGAAUAUAGUACUGAAAAGCGAUGUUUCAAAUGUGACCAAGCAGUAUCAAAGAACUUGAAUAUAGUUCGUAAUGCUUCAAACAAUGCAAUGUUAUUGUGGAAUCAGUUUCAAAUAUUUGUUUAUGAAACGUAUCUUGAACUGAAGAAUUCAACUUUAUUAUUAAGUCCUGAGUUUUUAGUAUAUGACAUAAUAUUCUCUGGGAACUAUUUGGUUUGCCUUGAUACGAGUGGAAAUAUACAUACCGCUGCUAUUACCAUGAAAAAUACUACUCCAAAGAGUUUUAAACUUCGCGGAACCGGCACUAUGGCCAGUUCUCUAUAUGGAAAAGACCACAUCCUCUUUCUAAAACAUGAAGCGAAUUCCUACUUCUUUAGUCUCUAUAAACUGAAUGCAGACUUAACAUUGAUGAAAAAUUCAAUACUAAUUUACAAUGAACAAUUGCCAACAUCGCAAACAAGUAAUAAACACACUUUGCAAGUUCAUUUAUUGAAAGAAAAAAAUUUGGAAGCACUUAAAAAAGUUUUCAAUGAUGAAGAUUUGAAUGUGAGGAACAAAUACAACUUAAUAAUUGUAACUUUUGAUAAACUUAGCAUAUUUGGUUGUCUCUUUAGCUCUGAUGUAGCUGAUGAGCAAGUAUCGUUGGUAAAACUUUACACAAGUCCUUCAGAAAUAUCCGGAAUAGAAAUAAUUGAUGCUGAUGAACUAAAUGUCAUGAUUGGUCUUACUAUUGGCACAAUCAUAACAUUGCCAUUGAAUAACUUGAAAACUCCUCAGAUGAUCCAUUUAAACAUUGCCAUCCACAAAUUCCUAGCUUUCAAUGAUGCUAUACUAUACACAGAUGGAAAAUCUAUGCGGAAGGCGGAUAAUAUAAUGUCUAAGGAUGUAGAAUUUAGCAAGUUCUUUGUUAAACAUGUAAAGGACUUUAUAAUAAUGGAAGACAAAAUAAUUUGCACUACAUUUUUUAAUCUAAUAUACAGAUUCUCUAUCGAUGAUGAAGCAUCAUAUUUGAGAUCAGAAUCCAAUGACGAAUAUUGCCCUGCCGAUAAACUUCUAAAUAACUCUGCAUAUUUGGAUAAAAUUUUAGAAGAAGUGAACAAGAAUGAAGCAUUGAUUGAAAAAUUAAAUAAAGAAAAGGAUUACAUUACUGCUCUGUCACUUUCAAACAGGCAAGAUGUAAUGGAUAAUAUAAUAAAUCACAAAGUUAUUGUUUAUGAGAGUUAUGAAGAUGCAGUAACUGAAAAUAAAAAUGUUGUUCUCACAAACAACUUCAGUGAAUACUUUCAUGAAGAUUUAUUUUUCUUUUUAAUUAAAAUCUCUACUACAACUGAGCAUAAGCUUAGUCAAAUAUUAUCUAACUAUUUAGGAGAUCUGAGAGUACACAUCACAUUUGCAACUGCAAAGAAAGUUUUAAAAACAAUUAGUAUAAAAGUUGCCGACCUCUCAAAGAAAAUAGGUAUUUUAAUUCCAUUAAAAACUGAUGUGAUUGACAUUACUGAAACGAAUGUAAAUAUUAAAAUAAUGUCUAAUAUACCUGGGGCUUUGGAUUCUAAACAGAAAAUAUGGACAAUUCUUUAUAGAAAGCAUGUGAAACUGCAUUCCGAACAUUUUAUAAAGUUCAAUUUAAAUUUGAAAAAGGAACAGUGCUUGAAAAAUUUAGAUUUACCAUUAAAAGCUCAAAUAUAUCAAGCUGCAAUGAACCAUCAUAGACAUUUAUUUGAGUUUGAUGAUAUUUUGAGGAACAAGCAAACAGUUUCAAAAGAAUGGCACAUGUACGUGAGACUGCCGGACAAGUACCAAGAAGUAUUCAGAAAUAAGGACCUUACAAAGCACCUCACAUCUAAGAAAGUCAAGUAUUUUAUUCAGCAGUUUACUUCUGAAGACUUUUUAAAGUCAAAGAGUAAUUUAAUAUUUUCAAUAGGAAAUGAAAAUGUGAAAAUUGAAAUAUACAACGAUAGUUUCACUAGUCCACUGCUGAAAUUGUCUGGAGAGAACAUGAAAGUUGUGCUAAAUAUUAGGAACUUCUUGUCUGAUCUGAUUUACUGCGUUUUUGCCAACUUUGGUCCAGGAAAAGAAUUCAUCAAUCUUUCAUCUUAUGCUACAAUUGAAAAUUUACAAAAAGCAGUGAAAAAAUGCAUCACUGGUUCUUCAGAAGAAGAAAUAGAACCACUCAUUGAGCAGUUUGAGAGGAAUGUUAUUGGAGUAUUACCUAUUUGAAAGAUCUAGUUAUGAACCCUGUGCACACCACUUUGGUGAACGCUUAGUCCAGCGCAUUUGUAGCUGAACACAUGUGAAUCAGACAGAACUUUGUACACCCUGAAUUUUAAACGCAACAGACGCUCCGAUUAAGUCCGUCCUACAUUUAAUCUGAACUGACUAAUAAAUAUAACUGUUGAAUGUCAA